AUGUCGACUGUUGCAGCUUCGACCGAACAAGAGCCGACCAAGUUCAAGAUUGAGUAUGUGCCCACCAACCUAGAGAUGCGUACACAUGGAGGACGUGACUUGGACCGGAUUGACCGCGAGUUGGUGCCACGCAUUGCUGCUCGCACGCGGCCACGCGGUGUGCAUGAGCUGGGCAAAGUGGAUGUCUAUGGACUCAUUAUGUCGUUACAGUCGGAGUUGGCGCAUGAAGUGUCGUAUGCACUGAAUACUUUGUUAAUAUUGUCAUCUGGAUUGGAUGCUCCCGCGCAAUUCCAAUUCUUGAUGGCGCCCUGUGAAAACUUGCUGGACGUACUGCUGGACAUGCUGAUGAGCGGAAUGGGGGGCAAUGAAGAAAAUACCACAGCCACGGAUACCCUGUUGCGUAAGGACCUGACUACCUACUGUGAAGCAUUGGAGCUUGUACUACAAGAUGAAGCGGCUCUGCGGCUCUGGCGCCGGCAAACUGGCUCCUCUGUGGCAGAGCAGGCGGCGAAUCGCCGCGUGGCUAUCGUACAAGCAAUAGUCACUAUCCUGCGCAAUGUGGCUGUGAUGCCGGAAAACAGCUCAUUCUUGGCGACGCAUUCACGUUUUGUACAGAGCCUUGCAUGGAUGGCACGCACGAUUCAAGCCGACCAGCGCUGGGGCGGCACUAGCAACCAGCUACAGUGCUUCUCGUUGAAUGAGUUGCUGCACCUACGUAAGGACUUGAUUACGAUCCUACUGGGUAUUUCUGGCGAAUCGCUGGAUCUCAGCGUGCACACACCCGCCACAGUGGCAUCGCUGUUUGAUUUGAUACGGUUCUUUGUGCUAGAUGCGGCGGAAUUUGAGCACCGAGAGGGAGCUCCACCAGCCCUGCUGGAGCGUCUACCGGCACAGGUGCCCCAGUCUCAGGUGCUGCUGUACCAGGUGCCGCACCACGUACAAUUGGCCCUGCAGGCCUUCUCGUGCUUUGCGUUGCCCGAUGCAAAUCGCGAAACCUUGGGGCGCGAGGUGCCAGCUGAUGUGCUGCUGCAAAUCUCCGAGUGCCUGCUGGGUCUUUUGCCCGUGCAAUUGAAUGAUUUUCGACGCUUGGUAAGUUCGACGCGCCUCGAGUAUGCGGAGACUGUCGCCAUGUGCCUUUACAAUGUGGUGUAUCUCGCCUCUCCUUCGAUUAAGACCACAAUUCGCGACACGCCGGGGGCGGUAGGCAUACUAUUCCGAGCUGUGAAGCAGCUCCUGCAAAAUUCACAGGACUAUGCACGCAAUCCGUAUGGUCUCUUGUGCCGACGCCUCACGGAGAUUAUGCGCCUGCUAAGUGACGGCAAGGAUCAGUUUGGCGAGCCAGCCUUGCUCGGCAUGUACUGGCCAUCGGAAGAGACCGCUGAAUUGGGUGAGCGAUCCGGUACGGCUCCAUCGGGACUCCUGGCUGGCCAGGAUGAUACUGUUAUUGACAUGCUGACGCGCACGACGAAUGUCGAUCCUAGCAUGGCCAAUGAGCUGCUAUCUCUCGUGUCUGCGCGUUAA